AUGGAUAUGUCCAACUAUGAUUUAAUUAUUUCCAUUUCUUUGUACACAUACAUUGAGUCUCGCUUUGAGGCCAAAGAUUGGCGUAAGAACAACACUCUUCGAAUAGUUCUGGUGGGGAAGACUGGAGCUGGAAAGAGCGCCACAGGAAACACCAUCCUGGGAAGAAAAGAUUUCCACUCCCACUUAUCCCCGCGUUCCUUGACAAUCGACAGCAACAGAGCUUACGGGCAGGUCCAAGGCGCCAAUGUUACGGUUGUGGAUACUCCGGGACUGUUCGACACAGUUGUGGACGAGGAAGUUCUAAUGAAGAAGAUAGAGAAAUGCAUGAAUCUGGCAGCUCCUGGUCCUCACAUCUUCCUGUUUGUUUUAAGGCUUGGGAGGUUUACCAAAGAAGAACAGGACACCGUCAAGAUGUUCUUAGAAAAAUUUGGAGAGAGGGUCUCCAGAUACUCGAUAAUGCUGUUUACGCAUGGCGACAAACUGAAGACGCAAAGUAUUGAAGAGUUUAUCUCAAAGAAUGAGGGACUGAUCGAGAUCCUGUACUCCUUCUCAAACAGAUAUCAUGUGUUCAACAACGAAACAGACGACGCAGAGCAAAGAAACCAGCUGAUGGAGAAGAUGAUUUCGGUGAUUAACGAAAACAAGGGAGGGUAUUACACCAACAAGAUGCUCGACAGAGCCAAAAAAAUCUCAAAGAAGAAGAAAGAAAAAGCUUCAAAGGAGAUGAAGGUGGAAGAGAGGAAGAGAAUAAACAGCAUGAAGGCUGAGGUGAAGACGGAGAUGUUACUAAACGGCGAGAGAGUGAGAGAGAACAAAUGCGUGGUGCAAUAG